ACUCGGCGAUGAACUAUUGACCAUCCACGCAAAUACCUUAGUGACACAAACAAAAUAAUUAAUAAUAAUAACACCGUAUAACAAUUAUUUUUCACAGAAUAAUUAAAUUAUUAAAAUGAAGCGACAGAACGUCCGGACGUUAUCACUCGUUGUGUGCACGUUUACGUAUUUGCUAAUCGGGGCCGCCGUUUUCGAUGCCUUGGAGUCCGACACUGAGAGCAAGAGAUGGGAAGUGUUGUCUGACAUGAAAGGCGGCUUAGUCCGUAAAUACAACAUAACUCCAGAGGACUACCAUAUGAUUGAGAUAGUCAUAAUAGAAAAUAAACCGCACAAAGCUGGCCCGCAGUGGAAGUUCGCAGGCGCCUUUUACUUUGCCACCGUUGUCCUGGCAAUGAUUGGAUAUGGUCACUCUACUCCGGUUACAGUUGGUGGGAAAGCAUUUUGUAUGGCUUACGCAAUGGUUGGCAUUCCGCUUGGCUUGGUGAUGUUCCAAAGCAUAGGCGAGCGUCUGAACAAGUUCGCAUCGGUUGUUAUACGUCGCGCCAAAUGCUACCUGCGCUGCAACACCACUGACGCUACGGAAAUGAACCUUAUGUUCGCUACUGGAUUACUGUCCUCCAUUAUCAUCACUACGGGAGCUGCCGUGUUCUCUCGUUACGAGGGUUGGAGUUACUUCGACAGUUUUUAUUACUGCUUCGUCACCCUCACCACGAUUGGAUUCGGUGAUUACGUUGCUUUGCAGAACGACCAGGCGUUGACGAGCAAGCCCGGCUACGUUGCGCUUAGCCUCGUCUUCAUACUCUUCGGAUUGGCGGUGGUGGCUGCCAGCAUCAAUUUACUCGUGCUUCGUUUCAUGACCAUGCAAGCCGAAGAGAACGCUCGUGAUGAAGAUAAAGAUGGUUCCCGCACCCUAUUGCCUAUUGAUGGUCAUGCCAUUGCUGGAAGGCAGAGGUCCCAUGACGAUCAAGCUUCAGUAUGUUCAUGCAACUGUCUGGGCAACAAGCAGUGCGAGGCGGGCGCGCUGCUGUCCGCGCCCACGCGCCCGCACCGCCUGCGUCACCGCGCAUCGCUCGCGCAAGAGAUCAUCGAACGAGCUUCUGUCUAAACACCUAAUAUAACCAUACCUUAAUAAGCGGAAAUUGUCAAUAGGCAUAAUUGUAAUGAGGGUAAUUUUUUGGCUCCCGCAAAAUACAUGCAUGCAUGUUAUGUUAAGCAGGACAAACUGAAUAACCUAUACUUAAUAAAAGUGUAAAUUCGGCACUGAUGGCGUAAAGCGCACAACCUGUAGAUGCAGCUUUAAAACUAAAAGAAUAAUAAUUUUCAAUAUUCUAACACUGACAUGUUAGUAAGGUACUGAAAAGUUAAUUUGGAGUUUUGUCAUUUUGGUAGUAAAUCGUCUACAAGCACUGUAAAUACUGCAGAAUAAAAUUCUGUGUAGGUUACCUAAUAUUAUAUAUUUUUUAAAGUUACCAAUAAUAAAAAUAGCGUAUUUAUAAACUAACUAAUAAUAUAGCAUUUUAUAGAUCUUAAUGUUGUAAUAAUAUUAUAAUUUUUGUCUUCUAUUAAUAUUAUGUAGAUAAAUUAGUGUCCUCAAAUCUGAGACAUCUGAGUCACGACUGCGUUUACUAUUUCUUCUAAUGCUUCUAACGUAAUUAAUUCGAAAAUCGGCAUGUGUAUAGGUUCUACGGCAUGGUCGAUAUUAGGGUUUAUUUACAAAGUCGACCUUUAAAAAAUAUGCUCAAAUAAAAAAAAAUGUUGUGUAGUUAUUCCACUGUAACAAACUUGCUGUCAUGUCGUGCCAAAUUUUGUACUGUAUUUUAAUAUACUUAUGUAAGUUAACAUUGUAGUUUACAAUUAAAUAAUAAAAA